AUGGCAAAAAAAUAUGAGGGACCUGCUAUAGGAAUUGAUCUUGGCACAACCUAUUCAUGUGUUGCUGUAUGGAAUGAUCAAAACAAUAGAGCAGAGAUCAUACACAAUGAUCAAGGAAACAAAACCACUCCUUCUUUUGUUGCUUUUACGAAUGAUCAAAGGUUGAUUGGCGAAGCUGCUAAAAAUCAGGCUGCUUCAAACCCAACAAACAUUGUUUUUGCUUUCAUGAGAACAAAACAAACUCUUAUUGCUGCAGAUGCAAAGAGAUUGUUUAAUCUCUCAAUUCGUUGUGCACCACGUGGCCUUCCUUUCCAUGUAUGCUUUUCUAUCGAUGCUGAUGGUAUAUUAAAAGUCUCUGCAGAGGAAGAAACAAGUGGUAAUAAGAAAGAUAUUACAAUAACAAAUGAGAAUGGAAGAUUGUCGAGGGAAGAAAUUGAGAGAAUGAUACAGGAAGCUGAGCACUUCAAGUCCGAAGAUAUGAAGCAUGUGAAGAAGGCUAGAGCAAUGCGUGCUUUAGAUGACUAUGUGUAUAACAUGAAGAAAAUAAUGAAUGAUAAUAGCGUAACUUCCAAGCUCACUGCCGUUGACAAAGUGAAGAUCAAUUCUUCAAUUGUAAAGGGAGAAGAAUUGAUUGAUGACGAAGACCAUGAAACAUUUGUGUUGUUGGACGUUCUGAGGGAGCUUGAGAGCAUCUUUGAAUCAGCUAUGAAAAAGAUCAACAAAGGUUACUCUAAUGAUGAAAGUGAUUCUGAUUCUUAA